ACCUUUUUUGUGCAGUUGUGAAGUGUAGCAAGCAACUUCAUCCUUUCUUUCUCUCUCUCUGGAACGCGAAAUCCUCUCUUUCUCUCUCUCUCUCCAGAACGCAACUUCGGUUGCCAAUUGUCUUCGGAAAAUGUCGGGGAAGAGAAAGAGGAAGUUGAAAUUGCUAAGCGACACAAUCACGGACAAUAGAAGAUCAGUUGAUGAGGUGAAAAGUGAACACCUGGAGCUCCAAUCCUGGGCUGAUCUCCCUGCUGAACUCUUAGAACUAAUCUUGUCCCGAUUGAUCCUUGCUGAUAAUAUCCGUGCUUCUUCUGUAUGCAAGAGAUGGCAUUCUGUUGCUAGUGAUGUCCGUGUAGUAAGCCAAUCACCAUGGCUUAUGUAUUUUCCAAAAUUUGGUGACUGUUAUGAAUUCUAUGAUCCUGUGCAGCGCAAGACCUACACCCUUGAGUUGCCAGAGUUGAAUGGAUCCAGAGUUUGUUAUACAAAAGAUGGUUGGUUAUUGCUAUACCGGCCCCGAACUCACCGUGUGUUCUUCUUUAAUCCCUUUACUCGGGAGCUGAUAAAACUGCCAAGAUUUGAGAUGACAUACCAGAUUGUUGCCUUCUCUUGUGCUCCGACAUCACCUGACUGUGUUCUGUUUACUGUUAAGCAUGUUAGUCCUACUAUUGUGGCUAUUAGCACUUGUUAUCCUGGGGCGACAGAAUGGACCACUAUUAAUCACCCAAAUCGCUUGCCCUUUGUCAGUAGCAUUUGGAAUAAGCUUGUGUUUUGUAAUGGGUUAUUUUAUUGUUUGAGCCUCACAGGUUGGCUUGGUGUGUUUGACCCGGUUGAAUGUAUUUGGAGUGUUCUAGCAGUACCUCCACCUAAAUGCCCAGAGAAUUUUUUCGCCAAAAACUGGUGGAAGGGGAAAUUUAUGACAGAGCACGGAGGAGAUAUAUUAGUAAUCUAUACAUGCUGUAGUGAGAACCCCAUUAUUUUCAAGUUAGAUCAGACAUUAAUGAAAUGGGAAGAGAUGAGAACUCUAGAUGGAGUAACUCUUUUUGCUAGUUUUUUGUCUUCUCAUUCCAGGACCGACCUCAUUGGAGUAAUGAGGAACAAUGUCUACUUCUCUAAAGUUCGUUUCUAUGGGAAGCGUUGCAUAUCAUUCUCUCUUGAUGACUAUAGAUACUAUCCCCGUAAACAGUGUCAUGACUGGGGAGAACAAGAUCCUUUUGAGAACAUCUGGAUUGAACCACCAAAGGACUUUUCUGCUUGCAUGUGAAGAAUUUUAGUGAACCAACAUUUUGAUUCAACGUGAAUUCCCAAUGCAGAAGAUGUGAAUAUUGAGAAGCAUGCCCUGUUUGCAGGGUGCAUGUAGGAGGCUAAUGUAUGCGUAAAACUGAAGUUGCAUGUGAAAGAAGGGACCUCUGUGAGAGGGAAACGAAAGACUUGCCUCCUUGGUUACCAGCUUUGCAGAUUCUCCUGGAACAUCAAGAUUUUUUGGCUCAGCACAGCAGAAAACGACGUAGUUUAUGCUAAUCUAGUGAUUUAUUAAUUAUUAUUUUGGGCAUCAGUAGUUUAUUAUAUGUGAAGGAAUGGACAUCUCCAAGAGGGAAACGAAAAAGACGUGCCCCCCUUUUGUUCAUUUCGUAUCUGUUGAUCCUUGACUAUUAUGAAUUUUUGCCCCCAACACACCAGUACUUAUGCAGAAAAUUAGUUUAUAUUAAUAAAGACAUUUUUUAGUUUUUGGCCAU